UUCACUUGGAACUAGUGUACACGGUCAAGUUGGGGUCAACUGACGUCAUAUGUCUAAAUUUAACCUAAUUUGCAAAAAUCCAACUGAACAAAGAUAGUAAAUACGCGCGUUUAUGUCAAGAUGGCGGAAAAUAAAAUGCUAUGCCUUUACGUUUUCGAAAGUUUACUGGAUGACAGGGAGGAUGAUUUUUCUUACGAAUAUAUGAACUUUCUAUUUCAAACAGGAGCUUUUAUCCUCCAAAACACAAAAUCUGUGUCACCACGAAUAACCGGAUACGUUGAAAAUAUCAUUCCAUUAUUUUCGACAGAUAACUUUCGAUACCAUUAACGAAUAAGUAAAGAAAUGUUCGAGGAAAUCCUAACAAAGAUUGGGGCAUGCCUUACUUCAAAGCACGGCGGUGGCAUCGAAGGGAUCCCCCCAUCAAAGCAACUUCUUAUUUUCAUGUGUUACAUGUCUAAUAAAGUGACAAUGCGUGAAAUUGGACACUACUUUGGCAUAGGACAGUCCACGGUGCAUGUUGUGUUGAAAAGAGUGAAUGGCGCAUUCAAUGAAAACUUAUCAAAGAUCAUACAGUGGCCCAAUUUUCUUGAGCAACAUAGUAUUGCACAAGACUUUCAGCUUCUAUGUGGACUUCCAGACAUAAUUGGUGCCCUGGAUGGGACCCACAUAAGAUUGUCUUCUUGUAUUGGUGGAGAUAAUGACUAUUUUAACAGAAAACAUUACCCUUCCAUACAACUCCAGGUAGUAGUAGAUUCUGAUUUAAUGUUACGGGACAUAUACACAGGCUGGCCAGGAUCAACUCAUGACGCUCGUGUACUACGCAAUUCAAGUCUCUUUAACAAUGCAACUGCUGGACAGUACUUUGAUGUGAAUAAGUACAUAAUUGCAGACAGCGCAUAUCCCUUAAAGGUCUGGUUGAUCACUCCAUUUAAAGAUAAUGGCCGUUUGAACAUAAAUCAAAGAAGGUUUAAUCGAGUUUUGUCAUCUGCACGCCAAGUUGUAGAGAGGGCUAUUGGUCAUUUAAAGCAAAGGUUUCGGCGCCUACAAGAAAUAACUGUACAUGACUUAGAGGAGAUAAUCAAGACAAUUGUAUCUGGAUGUAUAUUGCAUCACGAUGGUGUCGAGGAUUUCCUGACAAUUGAUCCGAACAAUGGCAACCCUAAUAAUUAUCCAAAUGUGUACCCCGAUGGAAGAGAUGGAAUACAGAGGAGGCAACAACUUGUUCAGGGACUACCAUGAUUACUUUUUAUCUGAUAAUAUCAAGAAAACCAUUGUAAUAUACUGGAAUAAAACAUCAAAACUACAAAAUGACUUUCUUUAAUUGGUGAAAAAUCAAUAUCUUUCUUAAGAGCAUCAAACUUAACAAAAUCAAGAUAUAAACAACAACAAACAAAAACAAUCAUAAUGACAUUUCUAUUAGUCAAACAAAAUAAAAAACCGAUCCUUUUACUUCCCCAAAAGUACAGCCGUCAUUCAUUGUAAAUAAUAGAAAGUAGCCAUUUCUGUUAAAAUCAAAUAGUCAAUUUAUCUGUUUCAUUUCUCACUUCCAGAUAAAUUUGGGCACAUUAUGACGUUAUUCAUUGUUUUUAUGGUCAUAAACUCAA